UCGAGUUGCGCGGUUCGCCAGCUAAUACCGGAUCACAAAGUUGAUCACAAAGUUGAUCGUGAAGACAAAAAGAAAGUACGUGAAUUUUCUUGCUGAACGAAGAAAUGAGGGGUGCCGCGCUAUUGUGCUACGCGUGCUUGUUGCUGGUCGGCGUCCAGGCUAUUGGCAAGUACAGAGGUUUAGAAUUUUUGGAACCGUGCUCCAGGAACGAUCAGAGGCUAGAAGCUUGCCUCGCCAGAACGGCCAAUGUACUCGUCGAACGCUUUCGUCAAGGUCUACCGCAACUAGGUUACCCAGAAGUAGAACCAAUUAUUCUGGACGAGUUGCACAUCGCGCUGGGAGGCGGCCCGAACGGCUACAGAGCGCAAUUCAGAAAUAUUACAGCAAGAGGUGUAUCUUCUCUGCGAAUAACAGGCCUUAGGACGAGACUGAGUGAUGACGAGGUGCAGUUACAGUUGGCCUUCAGCAUUCCAAAAAUUAGAGCGGGUGCUAGAUACCGUUCUACCGGAACGUUGAUCCUAGUCCAGGCUAGCGGAGCUGGCGAUUAUUGGGGCGAGUACGAGGGUGUCAAGGCCAAGGUUUUUAUUAGAGCAAAGCCGUUCUUGGUUGAAGGCCGUCGUUAUCUUAGAUUGCAGCAACUAAAAAUGGAUUUCAGCGUACAAAGUAUCAAGAUGGGAGUCGAAAAUGUGCGCGACUCCAAUAGCAUAUUGCUGGCAGCACUAAAUCUCUUCAUCAACACGAACAGUCAAGAAUUACUGAAAGAGAUGAAACCAGAUCUCAGACGGAAGUUGGUACAAGUGAUGACGACCUUCGUGGAGAAGUUAUUUGCCCAGGUGCCGUACGACGCGUGGGUCGUGGAUUAAGUCAAAAGCAAAAGUCGACUGUCGCUGCAUCAUUAGUGUAAUUUUGAAUCCUGAAGCGAGGCUCAAGGGGGAAGAAAAAGGAAUCUUCGCGGAAGUCGGACAUGCGACAAGCAAUAAAGAUGUUGUGUUUAAAACUACAAUGGAAAUACCGAAUGGCAGAAUGUCACGCGGUGAAACUGGUAUUUCCGAGGGUCAAAAAAAAAAGCUUGCGUAUAACGAUGAAUGGUCUCUCUAAUCUUGCGCGCGAAUUGCCUGAGAAGCAUCUGCCACUGCCAAGGUCAAAUAAUUGCGUAUAAAUGCAUAGCAUAUACUAUACAGGGUAUUUUGUAAGAUAUUCAUGUCGACUUCCAAGCGAAUGUUCAGCAAAAAUAUUAAACUUAAUAUUCUUUUCUAUCUUUUUGUAAAAAUUUUUAGAGCACAGUUAUGAUGAUUUGCGCAAAAAGUAAAAAUCAUAAAAAUUUCAAAGAUGCACGUCAAUGUAAUAAAUAAUUAUAUAUACACACAUAGAUAAUUUAGGGAAAACAUCGAUUGCGAAUAAUUCGUAAUUAAUCUUUCUGGCUUCUGUUUGUUUGCAAUUAGUUUGCCAUUUUUUUCCAUGUUUGCUUCACUAGUGAUAUUGAAGGAGCUAAACUAACGAUUAAUCACUCCAAGUAUUUUAUAUAAUGACGUAUUUAAGUAAUGACAUGAUUAGAUAUAUCUGCAUUUUCAUACAUAUUCAUUUUUAUUAAGUAACAUUAAUAUACACAUGCUGAUACAAAACUAAAUAGUAAAUAAGAUUUGCCGAAAGAUUUGGACAAUCGUAGAUCGUAUAAAUUUUAUGCAUAUAAAUUUUAUGUACAUAUCAUUUUUACACGUCCUCCUCUUUUUAUUAAAUAAGAACACUUGUAUUGCUUAUUUAUCGAGCACUCAUGUGUUAGUUAUCUUUUGUUUCGAAAUAAACGGUAGCGU